AUGGCAAAAAAUACGUCUGGAAUUCGAAAGGGAGGUCGAGGUCACUCGGAUCUAGAUCACCCGGAUCAAGGCCACCCGGACCCAGGUCACCCGGACCCAGGUCAACCGGACCCAGGUCACCCGGACCCAGGUCACCCGGAUCAAGGUCACCCGGAUCCAGGUCACCCGGAUCAAUGUCACCCGGACCCAGGUCACCCGGAUCCAGGUCACCCGGAUCCAGGUCAACCGGAUCCAGGUCACCCGGAUCCAGGUCACCCGGAUCAAGGUCAACCGGAUCCAGGUCACCCGGAUCCAGGUCACCCGGACCCAGGUCAACCGGACCCAGGUCACCCGGAUCCAGGUCACCCGGAUCCAGGUCACCCGGACCCACGUCACCCGGAUCCAUGA